AUGUCUCGCAAAGCAACCACAGACCGUGGCUACUCUAGUCUCAAUGCUGCGCACGAACGAGUUUGCGCGUCAUUCCUCGGCCCCAAAGCUGAGAACCAUACUAUUCUUCACGACAAGUUUGCCGCAAUUGCUCAAGAUAUUUUGGACGCACGUGAGGCGUAUCACCCUGAAGAUCCGACUUUUAUCGAUGAAGCCAUCAUACAAUCCGAGUCGUUUACAGAUCAAGUAUUUAAACUUGAGCGUCGUCUCGACUUUCUCAGCAAGUUACUCGCAAAGCACUGCAUUCCCUUCUUCUCUCCCCGUUACAAUGGCCACAUGGUCUCUGACGCUUCCCUACCGUCUAUACUUGGUUACCUUGUAGGAAUGCUAUGGAACCAAAACAACGUCACUCCUGAGGCUAGCCCCAUCACCAGCCACGUCGAAUUCCUCGUUGGACAGCAGCUGUGCAGGCUAGUGGGCUAUAGUUCGUUUAAAGACGGCGUGCCUCAUCCUGGCUGGGGACAUAUUACCUGUGAUGGUAGUGUCGCUAACUUGGAAGCUACGUGGCACGGUCGGUACGUAUUUUCGCGAAAUCUCAAGUUUUACCCCCUCUCUUUAUAUCUUGCUGUGAAAGAGGGACAACUCUCUUUUGUUGCAGACAAGUUCGAGACGACCCUUUGCAACGGAGAGAAGAAGCUUUUUUCUGCAUGUACAUCUUGGGAGCUUCUUAAUCUCUCAGUCGACGAGAUUCUUGACCUUCCUAGCCGCCUUGUGUCGGAUUAUGGAAUAUCCACUCAGUUCAUCGAAGACGCCGUGGGAGGUUAUCUAAUCGGGAAUAUAGGGAAAGACAUACUCGAGCAACGUUUCCAAAUUCAACCUCCCAAGAUGAUGAUUAGUGUUGCUAAUCACUAUUCAUGGCCAAAGGCGACCUCGAUCACCGGAAUUGGUAUGAACAACCUUAUACACAUAGACGUCAGCACUUCUGCUCGUUUAAACAUAUCCCGUCUGGAUGAGCAUUUGCAAGAAUGCCUCAAAAAUAAACGAGCGGUAUAUGCCGUGGUUUCAAUCAUGGGUACGACAGAACAUGGGGCUGUAGAUCCUCUGUUCGAUAUCCUCGAGCUUCGUAAGAAGUAUCAAAAAGUGGGCCUCUCUUUCUAUGUCCACGUUGAUGCAGCUUGGGGUGGCUACUUCUGCUCGAUGUUGCCCCGACCACGUAUCAUUCUCCCCCUUCCUAUCGCUUUCCCACAAGCGCCGGAUCAGGAUGAUUUUGUCCCGAUGCAACCACUCACCGAUUACACCAUUAGACAAAUAAUCGCUAUUCAGAACGCUGACUCCAUCACCAAUGAUCCUCACAAGGCCGGUUUUGCGCCUUAUCCUGCUGGUAGCUUGUGUUAUAGGGACGAACGUCUGCGCUUUAUGGUCACCAUGACGGCAGCGUACAUCAACACAACCGCCGAUACUGACAGCGUUGGGACUUAUGGGGUGGAGGGAAGUAAACCAGGCGCUGCGGCUACUGCUGUGUGGCUCGCGCACCAUGCCAUUGGUCUUCACCACCGAGGCUAUGGGUCUCUUCUCGGAGAAGCUAUGUUCACGUCUGUGAAGUUAUAUUGUAACUGGGCGACGAUGACACUCGAUGAGCCGAACCUGAUCGUCAAGACUUUGGUCAUGCUCCCCUCUGAGCAGAAAGGCCUCCCUCCAUGCGAAGUUGAGAAGGAGGAAAGGUAUAUACUCGACAACAUCGUUAACAAGCCAAACAGCGAGAUCUUCGAAAACCCGGAAACCAUGCGGAAGAUCUCGGAAUUAGGGCCCGACCUCAUCGUCGAUGUCUUUGCGUGCAAUUUCCAUAUAGGCGGGAAGGUCAACGAGGAUGUCACGGAGGCCAGUUUCUUGAACCGUCGUCUGUUCGAGAGAUUCUCCGUCACCAAGCGCACAGAUGAUCCUCACACACGUGAGCUUAUCGUUGGGUCGUCGAUUCUGGAGCAGAAGACGUACGGCGUGGCUUUGGACAAGUUCAAGGAACGCCUUGGAUUAAAGGGUGAUGGAGAUCUUUAUAUCAUGACCCUGGUAGCCAUGUCGCCCUUCCCCACUGCACACAAUUUGGUGAAGAGCCUCGCCGACACUUUCAAACAAGCAGCGCUUGAUGAGAUCCAGGAAUGUUACGCUCGUAUUAUACCUGUCCCCGCCCAACACUCGUUUGUCAUGCAAGGAACUGACAAGCUCUAUCUUGUGUACAUGUCGGGAUUCAACAUCGGAAGCUACCGCCAGCAAGUGAUUUUGACAGCUCAACUCCCCGACGACGUCAUGACGUUGUAUAUUGAAGCACUCAAAGUCGAUCCGGCGGCGCUGUUUACUUUGACCACAGACACGGCUCUGCUUUCGGACAUCCUGUCCAAUGGGUCCUGCAUGGUGUCGGUGUACACGGGCCUUAAUACACUGGUUCCCGGGUGCUUGGUUGCCAGAGCCGAACUCACAAAUAUUGAGGUCGUCAUUAACCGGUCCAUCGCCCCAAGUUCGCUUGAUAGGACCUAUCCAGAGCUCAUGCCGUUCUACCUCUAUGGUACGGAAGAGCAGAAGCACGUUGACCAUAUGCUGCUCUGUGCUCCUAAUGCCCAGCUCUCCGCUAGUGUCACGCUGAGCCUAGAGAAGACUCUUCCGAAGGAGGCUGGCCUGUUGAGUGGCUUGAUAGCCGUGGCCGAUACGACACGCGAGCUUGCGAUGCAGCCGUUCAAUGCAGAUCACCAGCCGACGUUCUUCGCUGCCGGUCACACCUUCCCAUGUACCAUCUACAGGGACCCUCGCCCUGUCGAUGCCUCGGGCCCCGGACUUUUAACCGGCCUCGGUGACCCGCUGGCAACAGGAAGCAUGACACUGGGGCGCAGCAUAUACGCAGACUGGACUCUGCUGAACCAGGAGCGUGGCCCUGCUUUGCAUUCGGAGCAUCCGCAUUCAAAGCAUCCAACGGUCGGCGCUCCUGAGCUGCCAGCCAUCUUUGAGCGCAUUGGUAUCCCCGCUACAGGCGCCAAGUACAGCAUCACUCCGACCGACAUUGCCGCUGUCCUCAAUCAGCUUGUCCCGUCCCACCCGGCAGACGCAUACGGACGUAAGAUGUCCAUUCGAAAGGGAUGGAACGACGAGUUCCAGGAAGAGCUGGCAAAGAGAGGGUUGGAUGAGCUUUGA